GCAUCCCCACUUCUGAUGUCACAAAUCCAUUCUUUGCUGAGAGAAUUGAUUAACAUUCAUUGGGAGCCUCUGGAGAAAGAGAGGGAAGGGGAAAGAGAGAGCAUGCAAGGAGAAAGAGAGUGAUUAGCCAAUUCUUCCAAUCCCAGCUACAUAGAAGUUGGGACAUAAUCGGACACAGAAUGGCUAUUUGUAACUGGGGUCCUUGGUGACGUAUGGCUGAGUGUUUCCUGGCACAAAUCUUUAUGGACCAGUAAGCAAAGUGAAAUUGAAGCUGACAAGACUUUUUGCAUUUUGGAAAGGACUGUAAUCUACUGUAGUGAAGAACAGAGCCACUCAAUCACUGCUGCUGUAAAUAAGAGACAGAAGGGAGUAAGAAAGAAAGAAGAGAAAAAAAAUUUUUGCUGGGAGGAGGGGGAAGGGAGAAAGCAUUUUUGGUGGAUGGUAUGAAGCCAGCCAUGGAAACUGCAGUGGAGGAAAAUACUGAACAAAGCCAAGAGAAAAAAGUGAUCACCAGACCAGAAAUGGAAAUUGGCAGGUACCACUGGAUGUACAGGAGUUCAAGGCCACACCAGUACCAUCUUGUGCCAGCAUUGAGAGGCAAUAUUAGUCCUUUGGGGAUUCAAGGUUGCUUUGAAUGUUGCAUUAAGUGCCUGGGAGGAGUUCCAUAUGCUUCACUUGUGGCAACCAUUCUCUGCUUUUCUGGGGUAGCACUGUUUUGUGGCUGUGGUCAUGUGGCUCUCACUGGAACCAUAUCUAUCCUUGAACAACACUUCUCCACAAACUCCAGUGACCAUGCUUUGCUGAGUGAAGUCAUACAGCUAAUGCAGUAUGUAAUCUAUGGCAUUGCAUCAUUUUUUUUCUUAUAUGGAAUAAUCCUUUUGGCGGAAGGUUUUUAUACAACAAGUGCUGUGAAGGAACUGCAUGGUGAGUUCAAAACAACAGCCUGUGGCCGAUGCAUCAGUGGAAUGUUUGUUUUCCUCACAUAUGUGCUUGGAGUGGCCUGGCUUGGGGUCUUUGGCUUUUCUGCUGUGCCUGUCUUUAUGUUCUAUAACAUAUGGUCAACUUGUGAAGUCAUCAAAUCACUCCAGACAAAUAUGACAGCUUCAGGGGACCAGAUCUGUGUGGAUGUCAGGCAAUACGGUAUCAUCCCUUGGAAUGCUGUACCAGGCAGGGCUUGUGGUCCAAUUUUAGAGAACAUCUGCAACACAAAUGAGUUCUACAUGUCCUAUCACCUGUUCAUUGUGGCCUGUGCUGGAGCUGGUGCCACUGUCAUAGCCCUGAUCCACUUCCUCAUGAUACUGUCUUCUAACUGGGCCUACUUAAAGGAUGCAAGCAAAAUGCAAGCUUACCAAGAUAUCAAAGCAAAAGAAGAGCAGGAGCUUCAAGAUAUCCAGUCUCGGUCAAAAGAGCAACUCAAUUCAUACACAUAAAAGUUUGCCAGAGUAAUUCAACAGAAGAAUUUUGUAGUUCUGACAAAUCGUCAAACAGCUGCUCCGCAGUACAGAUGUGUAUGUCUACCAAACAAUCUAAUACAGAAGUGUAAAAACUUCACAUUCAAACUCCUGGAACAUGUUCAAAGGGAAACCUUCCACUGGGUAACCUUCCUUUCUUUAGUACAGAUUUAAGAGGUUUCAGAUUGAGCCAUUUUAAAAGGCAACACUUUGUAACAAGUGACCAGUCAGUCAUCUUUUUGAGACUCUUGGUAUUAAUUAAUUCUUGUGGCCUAAAGCUCAUCCACAAAAUUGUAGCGGGUGACUCAAAACAGCAAGUAACAGGAGAUUUAUGGCCAUAAAUAACUGCACAGUUAUGAGACGUGAUAAAACAGUUAUCCCAGUUCUAUACCAAAUGAAACUGUCGCUAGCUCAUCAGAUUUCUCAUAGCGCAUGUUUAUUUACCGAUACAAUCUCAGCAUGUAAUAAACCAGCUGAUUCAUAAAAGGGCAAGUGUCUAACUAAAAACACUUUUUUAUGGGCUGAAGGCCAGAAAUCCAUUUUCAGAGCCACAUCUUUUUCAAUAAUGCUAUAGUGAGCCACUGUCAUUCUACUGCACUUACUAUCUGCGUAAGCUGGGUAAUUGCUCAGCUGCUUCAAGUUUUAAUUAUUUUUAUUAAUUGAUGGAUCUGUUGAUGGACUGCAGAUGCCUGUCAGGAUAAUGAUCCCCUUCUUUGAAAAUAAAUGUCAGCUUUGCCUUAAUAUUUAUUUUCUAUAAAUGCCUUAGCAUUUAUAUAGUAGCAGGAGACCAUUAUCUGUAUUAUUAAGCAAAAAGUGUUACCUUAUUAAAAUGAAACUGAUUUGACUAUUCCAAAUGAGCAGACUAGUGAAUUUGCAGUGUUUCACAUAAGCUAUUAAAAAAAUAAAUAAAUACAGCCAUAAAGCAGACCACUGGUCAGCCACCUCUCUCUACUUCGGUGCUUAAGUUUAUAGCCAGUGCUUAUUCAUUUUCUCUUUAUAAAUCACAAAAAGCAAGUGUGGUGGUCAGCAAAAAAUCUGGUGCCACGUUAGUCAUUUCCCACAGCAGUCUGCCUUCAUUUUGUUUUUUUAGAAACAUUCAGUGAUAUCUUGAGUAUUAGUAAUGGGUGUAGUUGGUGUUUGUUCUUUACAAAAUAUAUAUAAGUAUGGGGGAAAAAAUCAAGUAUCAGUCAUUUGAAAAAAAAAUUAAAUGGUAAAGUCAAGUUAUAUUCCCAUGUUAAGUUACUGUGUGGUUUGAUUAGUUUUGACUGUUGGCUGAAUAUUAAAAUAAAAAAGAAGCACAAAUUUGUUUAGUUAAGUCAACAUUAAGAUGUGGACAGACGUUUUUCAAGUAUUACCUUACAGUUGAAUUUUUUGGUUAAAUGCCUAAAAGUCUAAUUUGUCAGUUUUUUAAAAAGGGGCAAAGUGUAUGUAGAGCAGAUGACAGUGUAGCCUAGUGUUUGUUUUACCUGUUGCAUGAAAGAGAAACAUUUCUACAGCAAUGCAGGUGAUGUUCUAGCCCAGUGUUUGCAUAAGGGUAAUGGAGGCAGUGUCUUAAAGCCUAAUUCUUUUCUAGUUCGAUGUAGCUAUUACUGGGAGUUUUCUGAAGUUUUGUUUAAGUAGUCUAAUAUUUUUAUGUAAAGAGCAUUAAAUUUUGCUAUGUAUAAAUUUUUGUAACCUAACAGUGAAUCAAUAUUUUCUAUCAGUGCCAAGGGCUUCCUGUAGCUAUAUCCAAGUGUUACAAUAAAUAUUUGUAGAUAAUAGACA